CUCAUUUUCAUCUGGGUGCGUCUGCUCUAUGCCUUUGUUUGCAAUUCGCCGUUUCCUCCAAUCUCCUCUCGAUCCCACUGCUCCUUUCUGCCGUGAUUAAAUACUCUUUUUUGUUUUAUUAUUUCUUGCUUCUUAUCUGCAUUUCCACUUUAUCGAACUCCUUCAGUUGAAUUUCCCCUUGCUACUGCUUCGGAGCCCCUCAUUUCAAGCACAUCUCCUUUUUCGAUCCCCACCACCAUUAAAUCUUACAUCUUUAUUUCUGACACAUGAAGCUCAUCUUCACCCGCGAGAAAUGACCUUUAUUUCCUUUUGAAUUUGAACCCUCAAUUUUCGCCGGGCGUACUGUGCCAGCUUACGACAGCAUUUCUAACCCUUUUCGCUUCCAGCUACAACACCUACACCGCACGCCUUCUCUUAUCCUUUGCUUUCUUCUCUGGAAGUCCUCUAUUCUCUGAGCUAUGGCCGAAUCCACCGGCUCAAGCACCGGAGCCAAAAUGGCACCUGAUGUGAGGCGGAGGACUGCUGUGAGUGGAGAGAAGCCAGGUCUUGCAUUAAAGCAAAAUCUUGAGGAUGAAAUAGAAGUGAAAUACAAGCCUCGGCCGAGCUCUGACCUAGCCUACUGGGAGCCUAUCAUCGCGCCAGUGCUGCUCACGGCUUUUUCGAUUUUCACCCGCAUGUAUCGCAUUGGACGCUCGAAUAUCGUCACAUGGGACGAAGCGCACUUUGGCAAGUUCGGGUCCCACUAUUUGAAGCGCGAGUUCUACUUCGAUGUCCACCCACCAUUAGGCAAGAUGCUGGUCGGACUUUCCGGAUAUUUGGCUGGCUAUAACGGGUCUUUCGAAUUCAAGUCCGGUGAGCAAUAUCCGGAGGAUGUCAAUUACACCUUCAUGCGUGUAUUCAAUGCUGCCUUUGGUGCGGCUUGCGUCCCCCUGGCAUAUUUUACCGCUCGCGAGCUUGGAUUCCGUCGGGCUACUGUCUGGCUCAUCAGCCUGAUGGUGUUGUUCGAAAACUCAUAUGCGACGAUCUCGAGAUUCAUUCUGCUUGACUCCAUGCUACUAUGUUUCACUUUCACUACCACUUUAUGUUGGGCGAAAUUCCAUCGACUGCAGUCAAAGAGUUUCUCCUUUGAAUGGUUUGCAUGGCUACUCUUCACCGGUAUCAGUAUCGGCUGUGUCUGCAGUGUCAAGUGGGUUGGAUUCUUCUGCACGGCGAUUGUAGGUCUUUACACAGUCGAAGAUCUCUGGAACAAAUUUGGUAAUGUGAAGGUGCCAAGGACUGUUCUGGCGAAUCACCUCUUCGCUCGCAUAGCUGGCUUGAUAGUCGUGCCAUGCAUUGUUUACACUCUCUCGUUUUACGCCCAUUUCUGGAUUCUGGAAAAUAGCGGUCCUGGCGACGCGCAGAUGAGUUCGCUCUUUCAAGCAAAUCUCAAGGGAACCGAGGUCGGUCAGGACAGUCCUCUUGAGGUCGCUUAUGGCUCCAGGGUCACCUUGAAGAAUAUGGGCUAUGGUGGUGGCUUGUUGCAUUCGCAUGUUCAGACCUACCCUGAAGGAUCUGCCCAACAACAAGUCACAUGUUACCACCACAAAGAUGCGAAUAAUGACUGGUUCAUCUAUCCCAACCGCCAGGACAUCGCUUAUGAUCCAAGUGGUCCGCUGAGAUUUGUCGGCGACGGUGAUGUGAUACGUCUGAUUCAUGGGCAAACAGGGCGAAAUCUGCACUCACAUGCGAUUUCCGCGCCGGUAACUAAAGGCCACUACGAAGUAUCUUGCUAUGGCAAUAUCACUAUCGGAGAUGAGAAGGAUCAUUGGGCGGUUGAAGUCAUUGAUGAUGUCGCUUCCAAGGACAGGAGUAGGGUCAGGACCCUUACCACGGCGUUCCGUCUGAAGCAUCCUGUCUUAGGCUGUUACCUCAGGGCCGGAAAUGUGAAUCUUCCACAGUGGGGCUUCAAGCAAAUUGAGACCACCUGUGUCAAGGAGAAUAAGUCUAGUGAUGUUUAUACACACUGGAACGUUGAGUCUCACUACAACGAAAGACUUCCACCGGGAGAUCCUGGUUCCUACAGAUCUCCAUUCUGGAAAGACUUCAUUCAUCUCAAUGUUGCUAUGAUGACUUCCAACAAUGCUCUAGUCCCUGACCCAGACAAACAGGAUGACCUUGCCUCAAAGUUUUGGCAGUGGCCAAUCUUGGAUGUUGGCCUUCGCAUGUGUUCCUGGGACGAUAACACUGUUAAGUACUAUCUCCUGGGAAAUCCUAUCGUCUACUGGGGCAGCAGUGCCAGUCUGGCUGCUUUCGGAUUCCUCAUUUUCUGGUACCUUGUGCGCUGGCAGCGAGGAUACAACGAGCUCUCGCAAGCGGAGAUCAACCAUAUACAUUACUCCGGCCUGUAUCCAGUUAUUGGCUGGAUUUUGCAUUACUUACCUUUCGUGGUGAUGGCACGAGUGACAUAUGUCCAUCAUUACUACCCAGCUCUGUACUACGCUAUACUCACGUUUGGAUUUUGUGUCGACUGGUUCACUCGGACGGCCAAUGAUAAAUUGCGUGGAGCAGUAUACACCGUACUAUAUCUUCUCAUACUCGGAAUGUUCUUGCACUUUCGUGUUGUGGUGUUUGGUAUUGAAGGCCCGAGUCAGAAUUGGAAGCAUUUGAACUGGCUGAGUGGGUGGAAGAUCGCCAGUUGAUCGACCAUCUUUGAAUCUCACCAGCCCAUCAUCCCUUGUUCACGAAUCGAUCAGCCUGCUUCGCUGCUCCAUUGACUUCAGGUUCAAUAUGGUCUGUGGCGCAACCGCGUCUAUUGGAGCCCUCGCUCUCUUACUCUAAAGACUGCCUAUUUUGUCUUGUUCGAUCUUCGAUGUUCGACCUUCAUUGUCCGACCUUCAUCGCACGGAAGCAGCCCUCUGCAUUUUGGAUUUCCUAAGAAAGGGCCGAUGCAUUUCUGUUCCUGCGUGUGUGAAGCCAGUCCUUAGGCAUGUAGAAUACGUGAUUUUCCCAACCUCUCUUCAUUGGGUCUUUCGGCAAAUAAGAUAGUAAUGGAGAAUUGAUGUGACAACGAGU